AUGGGGUGCACCGCAGGGCCCCUCGCUUGUCAGCCGCAAGAGGGCCAGUCCACGCAAGUCCCGGAGGUACUCUCCUCCUUGGAACGUCUCUCCCAAGCCACCGGGGGCAUGGAGAAGUCUUGGUACCGCUGCAUCUUCCCCUUCGGAAUCAUCUCCCUGGUGAUCGGGGCGGCGGGGACGGGGGUUACCUACACCUACGACGACCUGCCCCAGACCAAGGUGGUGUCUCUGGUGCUGCUGGUCUCUGGGUUGUUGCUCCUGCUGACCGCCAUCGCCUGCUGGACGGUCCACAAGAAGAGGAGAAAAAAGAAAGAGGGUGGCUCCUUCAUCUCAGAGCAAUGUCCGCUGUGA